UUACUAAUCCAAACCUGAGCUUCGGUUUCAAACCUAUAAACGGCAUAGAUCAAUUUCACAACAUCAACGGCCAAGAUUCUCUCUGCUUCUAAAACGCUCUUCAUUUGUCUCAAGUAUAUACGCACACGGAGAGAGUGUGAGUGUGUUUCUAAAUAAAUAAAACGAGAUUUUCUUGCACUUUCUUUUUCUCUUUCCAUCUCGAAACGUUUCCUUUAGGGUUUUUAGGGGUUUGGAUUGGCAAUUGAAACGAAACACGAUGGCGGAUGAGCAUCACCACGAGGAAUCAAAGGGAGAAUCAUUGAUGGAUAAGAUAUCGGAAAAGAUCCACGGUCACGAUUCCUCUUCUUCGUCCGAUUCCGAUAACGACGAGAAAUUGAAACCGAAAUCGCCAUCAUCACCAUCUUCUAUCAAAUCUAAGAUUUAUCGCCUUUUUGGCCGCGAAAAGCCCGUCCACCACGUCCUUGGUGGCGGCAAACCUGCCGACAUUUUUCUCUGGAGGAAUAAGAAGGUAUCAGCAGGAGUGCUUGGCUUUGCAACUGCCGUAUGGGUUCUUUUUGAAUUGAUUGAAUAUCAUCUUCUUACUUUGAUUUGCCAUGGAUUUAUCCUUGCUCUUGCAAUACUGUUCUUGUGGUCGAAUGCUUCCACUUUUAUCAACAAGAGCCCACCACAUAUUCCAGAAGUUCAUAUCCCUGAGGAGCCUGUUCUUCAGGUAGCAGCUGCACUUAGGAUGGAAAUAAAUUAUGCUUUUGCUAUCCUUCGUGAUAUUGCAUCAGGGAGGGAUCUGAAGAAGUUCCUCUCGGUUAUAGCUGGCUUGUGGGUGUUAUCUAUCGUAGGGAGUUGGUGCAAUUUCUUAACCUUGUUCUAUAUCGCUUUUGUCUUGCUUCACACAGUGCCUGUUUUCUAUGAGAAGUAUGAGGAUAAGGUAGAUGCAUUUGCUGAGAAGGCAGCGAUCGAAAUCAAGAAGCAGUAUGCUGUCUUUGAUGCUAAGGUUUUAAGUAAGAUUCCGAGGGGGCCAUUGAAGGACAAGAAGAAAGCUUAGGAAAGGCGUGCUUGUGCUGGUAGUAGCCUACUAGGUUCUGACACAAUUGUUAGCUCUAUUUCUGUGAAAUUAUGAAACUCUGUCCAGUAUUUGUUAGAGCCCUUCUUCCUUUGGAUUUUGGUUGUUGGGUUCACAAUGUGGAUGAAUAUGGAAUUUUUAUACUGUUUUGUUCUUUAUGAGUGGUAUGUGACAUAUUAUUACAUAUUAA